AUGCCCUCACAAAUCUUUGGGGCUCUUUCAGUAAAAAAUAGCCAUGUAGCUGUUAUACUUCCCCAUGUCCCUGCCUCUGGCUGUGUCUUGUUCAAAAUAUGCUUUGAAAAAUUGUCACAACCUCCCAGCAAACACCAAGACAAUUCCUCCAUCAUUGUGAAUGCUUCACCUAUGGCACGGCACUCACUAACACUCAGCCAUGCCUCCAGUGGUUGGUCACAGCUUGCUGGGGGCAUGCCCCCUGCACCCCCUGAGGCCUUUUUAGAGCAUCCUAACAAGGUCAAGGCCACAACUCUGUGGAAAGCUGAACCAAGCAAAAGGCCAGCACAACUGAACAUUGACCUAACAAUAACACAAAUACUAGUCUACCUGCUGAUUUCACCCCUCACAUUUUCCAUUGGAUCCAAAAAACGUAGUUAUAGCUCUAUACUAACAAAGGCAGCACUCCCUCUCCCUACUUGGGUCUCAGCUCAAAGGAAACACUAUGGGUCUUGUCCCUCUAAAACUUGGAGGGACAGGCAAUACUUUACCAUCCCCCACAUAAUCCACAUGGACUCCACUGGAUUCCACUGGCUUCCACUGGCUUCCACUGGACUGGACUGGACUGCCAAUCACAAAACUGGACUCCACUGGACUCUCCCAACACAAAACUGGACUAGACUGGACUGGACUGGACUGGACUGCCAAUCACAAAACUGGACUCUCCCAAGACAAAACUGGACUGGACUGGACUGA